AUGAUCAUCGACGGAGAAAAAUACGCUUGUGAUGCUUGCGUCAGAGGUCAUCGUGUUAGCAAUUGUCACCAUUCAGACCGACCUUUACAACACAUCAAUAAAAAGGGUCGUCCUGUCUCACAAUGUGCUCAUUGUCGAACAAUGCGCAAAUCUAGGGCAGCACACGUUCGAUGCGAAUGCGGUUCGGAAAAGUCACAUUCGAAAGGAUCCUGUCCGGAAAAUGCAGAUACACAGGGUGAGCUUCUAUGGGAUACCUUUGGCACAACAACCCCAGUUUCUGAUGUAAUUGUAGCAGAUACUUGUUGUUGCAGCCAUGGCGCCCGAUGCUCUUGCGCUUCGAAAAGUGAUCACCUCGCUCCAGUACCAGAAUCUGACUCUGAUGAUACCCCUUCAAUGUCUCUACCAUCAUCGAAACCACGACGACCUCGUGCACAGACUGCUCAAUCAGAAAACAAUUUAACGAUAUUUACAAAUGGUCACCACAAGCCUGUACACAAGAAUAACACCAUGGCUCAUAAAUGUGGUCUGCCAUAUACCGUACCCCGGGCACAUACAAUUCAUGGCCAAUCGGCAUCGAGUCUCGCCAAUAGGUCCGUAGAUAAUCUACUACAUACGAACACCGUCGACACUCUACACAGUGAAUCUCAAAUCAAAGACUCUAUAGUGAGUGCUCAACAGGAGCAGCGAAUGGUCAAGUCCGAGCAUGCAUCACCACACGUCAGCGCUACGACCAAUUUCCAACAAAUGAAUUGUCAAUUGCCACCUCUGGACUUAACAAAUGUGCCCCCUGAUUACAAUAACAUAUAUCAAUUUGAUGCAUACGGCGGGGUAAUUUCAGACCUCGACCAACCGAUGUAUUCCGCCGGAUUCAGUUCCGCUUCUAUCGAUUGGUCCCAUUACGAUGGAUUAGAUUUCAACAGCGACAAUUUCGCAGCCUCGUCUUACAGCCACACAGCAUCAUUCAAUGGAUUUGACUUUUCCAGCAUAGAUCAACCGGCAUUAACAACUACAUCAACCUCUGGCGAACAAUCCGAAGUCGAAGAUUUCAUUGGUGUUCCGGAUACUUCUAGGCAAUCAUUGAUAAACAAUCAGUACGGAUCUGAUCUUGAUGCAUCGGAAUUUGGUGGGGAAAUCGAUAAAUACAGAUUGAGUACGGCGUCAUCUUAUAUCGACAUGUCACAGAUGCAAAUGCUUGCAAGCAAUGAUGUCGAAAAUCUUGGACUCGAGGAGUUUAUGAAAGGAAGCCCUAACGGAUUUCUACCUUUGACAUCUUCAAACGACGGUCUACCUAUGACGGGAUUUUCAACCGAGAUUAAAAAUAAUCAACCUUUGUCAUUCGACGAGAAUGAAUUUUCCUUACCUAUAACAGCAGAACAACCGAACGCUUUUUGGAUAUCGGAUUUUGCGGCCGCAAAUACCGUUGCCAUGAACAAUGAGAUUGUCUGGGAACAAUAA